GGGCGGGCCUAGGGAAAUGGGGGCCGGUUUUGGGAGCGGGGCGGCAGGUGUAGCGGUGAGGAGCGGGGCCGGGCCGGGCCGGAGAGGUUGGUCCCGUACGGCGAAGCAGAACCCCGGCAGCAGCCCGGCCGGGCGGGCAUGGCAGCGGGCCCGGAGCGCCGCUCCCCGCGCUGAGCCCCCGGUGCCGGUGCCGGUACCGGUGCGAUGCCCCCUCAGGAGCUCCUGGACUACUCGCCCGCCUUACGGAGACACAGCCCCCCCCGGGGCAGCGGCCCGGAGCUGGGCAUCAAGUGCGUGCUGGUGGGCGAUGGAGCCGUGGGCAAGACCAGCCUGGUCGUCAGCUACACCACCAACGGGUACCCCGACGAGUACCAGCCCACCGCCCUCGACACCUUCUCCGUGCAGGUCCUGGUGGAUGGAGCCCCAGUCCGGAUCCAGCUGUGGGACACCGCUGGACAGGAGGACUUUGACUGUUUGCGCUCACUUUGUUACCCCGACACCGAUGUCUUCCUUGUCUGCUUCAGCGUGGUAAACCCCAGCUCCUUCCAAAACAUUACUGAGAAAUGGAUCCCUGAGAUACGAACUCACAACCCCCGGGCGCCGGUGCUGCUGGUGGGGACGCAGGCAGACUUGCGGGACGAUGUCAACGUCCUCAUCAGCCUGGAUCGCUACCACGUGAAGCCUGUGCCCCGGCCUCAGGCAGAAGGUCUAGCUGACAAAAUCCGGGCUGAAGCCUACUUGGAAUGCUCAGCACUGACCCAGAAGAACCUCAAAGAAGUUUUCGACAUGGCCAUUGUCAGUGGGGUUGAGCACAAAGCACGGCAGGAAAAGAAGAUGACUGCCAAAGGCAUCAAAACUCUCUCCAAGUGCCGCUGGAAGAAGUUCUUCUGCUUUGUCUGAAGCUGCUUUGAGGCGGGGGAAAAAGAAACACCUGAUGCCAGUACUGGCUCUGCACCUUCUUGGAGUGACUGCUCCUAUGGCCCCAGCGGGGAGGGUAUGAUAAGCUGCUGGGCUUGGAAACCUGGCUCUUGCUGGGUUACAGUAUUAGAUGCCUAGGAGACAUGAACUGGAUUUCCAUUGUGCCAGGGUGUGGAAUGGUCCAGGCAGCUCUAAGUACCUGCUGGGCAUGUCUGUAGUGUCCCACACUAAUGGGAGCCUUUAAUCCACCAAGACUCAGUACCCCAGAACAGGCAGGUUACUUACAUGGUUCAAAACGACCAGUUUUCUGUCUGAAGCUAACACACUUUUGGAGCCCUGCUGCAGCGUAAUAAACGUGAGGGAUUUUUGAAGUUUGCCUAUGUUUUGGCUGAUUUACAGGCUUGGUAGAAAGGAGGGCAGGGGCAGUUAGUUACAGGUGACUGCAGUGUGGUCAGACACGGGCUGCCGAGUUUGUAACAUGAGGCUUGGGUUCCUUCUCUGAUUCUGCUUGCCAAAAAUAGGUAGAAGUCACUCGGCUGUGAAAAAAGCAGCGCUCUUUCUGAAAGGCCCUGUGAGUACCCUUGAGAAGGUUUUUCCUAAAUAAAGACCAUUAGCAGGCUGAAGAGAAAAUGCACUGGGAGCUACAGUAAUUCUUUAAGCAAAACGUUCUCGGAGAGGACUCUAGUCCAGCAGAUGCCAGUGCUAUAGUCCUAUUUUAAGAGGUAGUCUUGAACUUGGGGACCUAUUUUGAAAGGCCUUUUGUGUGUGUGGUGUUUUGAGAGAAAGAACGAGUGAGGAACAGCAAUGAGUGUCUCUGUCUAGCAGAGACAAAACUGUGUCAGCACAGGGUUUGUAAUACUACCAAGGGGUGAAAUGUAUGUAAUGAAAGGAGGAGAGAGAAGGAAGAAAAAUAAAGGAAUAAAAAGGAAAAGGAGAGGUCGAGGGAAGAAAGGGAAAUGGAAAAGGAAAGAAGAAUGAACACUGUUAAAUGAAAGUUGUGAUUCUGCUUAGUUGAGAUCCUAAUAUUCAGGUUAAGGACCUGGAAAAUUUGCUAGUGAUCUCAAUUUCAAACUAACGUUGUCCAUACAUUAAGUUCCUAAUCAAAAGGAAGGGGUUGUAGUGAGAGAGAGUUCCUCUUGGUCAGUAAAAUCCUCAGUUUCAGAUCCACACUGGAGAACAGAAUUUACCUUGUACUGUUCUUCAUGAGGCUACAGAACAGGAACAGAGGGCUGAGGGCUUCUUUCUGAUGUGCUUCCUUUUAAGAAAAGUCACUGCUUGAUCUGCUGAAAUCAAAAGCAGAGGAAAUCCAUGAAGUUCCUGCCAGACAAAAACAUUCACUAUGUUUGCUCUGUUCCCCUCUCACCUGUUUCUCGGGGGAUUCAUUUCCCUGGGAGCCUAUUCACAUUUUGUUACAGAACUUGCAUCAAUUUCUAAGACUCCUUUUGCAGAGACAUUUUGUUCUGGUUUAUGUAGGAGAGAGCGUGACAGGUCUGUCAAGGCAAUGCUUUCAAUACUCAGGGGGUUCUCUGCAUCUGGCCAUGGCCCAUCGCUUUGGGGACGCUCUGGAGUAAUGUCACAGAAGGAGCUAUGGCUGUGGAUUGUUUGCCCCGCACCAAAAGCAAGUGUACCUGAGCCAGUGGGCUCGUAAAAAAAAAAAAAAAAAACCAAAUGCAAGCAAUGCAGCAUGUUCUGGAUCCAAACAAAUGCCUGCAAACAUCUCUCAUGACCGUCUCCCUUCGUCGCACAGCUCAUGUAGUCCCCAGGGUGCGAGACAAGCCUGUCCUCUUCCUGGGCAGUAUCACAGUGUGAAAGGGGUGGGCAGGUCUCCUUGCAAAGGUCUGAGGCCCCACAGCCUUGGAGCUGCUUGUAGGGGAAGGCUUAGAGACCUGGAAAGGAUGGUGUGGCAAAAUGAGCUGACAAGCCACCCGGGUCCAGUGAGGAGCCCUAAGAGAUGGAGAGUGCAGAGGUGGUAGCGAGAAGUGACCCGUCCCACACGCCUCUAGGCAGAACACCACUUCCUGAACAAAGCUCUCACUCGGCAAUGCAUCCCUGCAUGUAUUUCCCACCUGUACAGGCACCUUUGCUGUAUCACUAGUCCAGUUUGUCUGUUGGGUCUUUACGCAUUUCUUUAGCCUGUGAGUCUGAGGGCUGUGGCGUGACCGGCUAAGGAGCACGCCAUACCCCUAUGGAGCAAAUCCACAGGUGGAAAGAACACCAGCCUCCCUCCUGCUGAGGAGAGCAAGGGUGGUCCUGCAGUAGCUUGGUAUGAAACAGGGGUUAUUUCAUUCUGGAAAAGAAACUCUAUUGAGAGCUGCUUUCUUCCUCUGUGAGUGUAUCUAAUGUUUGUUCAAAUAAAUUUUUUUUAAUGUCUGCAA